CUCAAGAAAGAUGUAGCUUUCAUCAAACAUCUAAAGCAAAUUACCGGCAUAACCUAAGGUAUUCAGUGCAAAGCACGUAUCAUUUACAAUAUACUUGAGAAUUCCUCGUCUAAUCACUAUCACCUGUCCUUCUACUUGCAAGAUGGCUCUCUGUGGUCUCUGCAGCAACAUAGCAUUCCACCUCAUCCCUCCAUACCCAGACGUGUUCAAGCAAAUCGGCUCAAUCUCUCUAGGCCCUGGACUAUACUUUUUCGAGCCUCAUAUCUGGGGCUAUGCACGCCCUGAUAUUUUCGGGCUACCCCACCACCACGAUCUUAAUUCCCUCGCCGGGUCGGCUCAGGCGUGUGCACUCUGUUCCCUAAUCUAUGAGCAGGUGCAAGAGCUCCUAGGGAGGAUCCGCCACGGGCAGCGUCGACCAGACAACGGACCGGCCUAUCCAGACGCUGAACCUAGACGCUAUUCUCUCCAGAUCACCCGGCGGGACGAUCAAGAGGGGUUCCAGAUAAGCACAUAUCUCCGACAUAUAUAUGCCAGGCUCAAUCUGUGGCGGAAAGGUACCGAUCCCUUGGCCGGGAUAUUCAAAGGGCGGCUUAUCGAAGAGGAUCCUUCGCUGCCCAAGAGUCAGGAUCUUGCGUUUGAAUGGGUGAACAAUUGCAACAACCAUCAUAAUUGCGCGCCACCUCCACCCGGCUCACCGUUUCCAACAAGACUCCUGGACGUCGGCGAAUCGUCAUCUAGUCCCAUUAAGCUGUGGGAGACGGGCGGCGCACGUGGCUACUACAUGACUCUCAGCUACGUCUGGGGGAAGACCAAGCAGUUAACCACGACGACCAAGAACUACGCUACUCACCAGCAGGGGAUACCACCAGACGUCUUCCCAAAAACCAUGCAAGACGCCUUUAUCGUGACCAGGAGAAUGGGAAUCCGGCACAUUUGGAUCGACGCCCUAUGCAUCGUCCAAAACGACGUCCAAGAUUGGGAGCGGGAAGCGGCGCAAAUGGAGUCGGUAUACGCGAACUCAUAUUUGACCAUAUCAGCCGCCGGCUCCACCGAUAACUCGGACGGAUGCUUUAUUCGCAGACCAGUCCCUAACCACGCCACAUUCGACUACGCGGCAGGGAUCCUCGCAAGAGGCAAACUCACAAUCUUCCCGCAGCCCUUGGACACUGGGAUUGAUUUUGAGGAGGUAGUCUCUAUGAGGGGAGAGCCCAUCAGCAACCGCGGGUGGUGUUUCCAGGAGCGGGUGGUGAGCCGGCGCACCCUGUUCUACGCGCGCCAUCAGAUGCAUUUCGAGUGCAAGACGGAGUUUCUGAGCGAGAGCGGGGCAGGCAUGCGGGGACGCUUCCUCGACAUAGACGACCCGACCAACGCAGUCUCACGGGUCAGGGCCGGCUCGAUGCGCGAGCUCUGGGACCUCCUCGUGCAGGACUACAGCCUCCGGGCGCUGACCAAGGGCACCGACAGGCUCCCGGCCAUGUCGGGCCUCGCAGCGAGAUUCGAGCGCGCCCUGGGCGACAGGUACCUCGCCGGGCUGUGGGAGAGCACGCUCUUCGGCGACCUUCUCUGGACGGGGACGAACGAUGCUCCCUGGCCGCCUGCCGAACACCGCGCCCCGUCCUGGUCUUGGGCCGCCGUCAACGGCAGCCAACGCGCGUUCGAGCGUUACCGCCACACCGACGGGGUCCAGUUCACGCGCAUCGCACGGAUCAUCUCGUGCAGCGUUCGCGUGUCCGGGUCGAACCCGUAUGGCGAGGUAGACGAGGGGAGGGUUGUGAUCCAGGCGCCGGUUCUGCGCAUACGUCCCGUGAGGGAUAUCGCAACGGAUCCUGACGGGCUGCGGGAGAGAGCCGGGCUUUUUGGGUUUGUCAUUGGCGCCGAUGAGCAUCUACAUUGGGGAAGUGUGCACUAUAUGAUUGGUCUCGAUACACUGCAGACCCUUGAGCUCCAUGUGGUGGUGAUGGGCAGGGAUAACUUUGUCUCACAGUAUCCGUGCCUCAUCGUCGUGCCACACCGUCGUCCCAGCGGACAGCCGACUGGCGAUUAUCGUCGUAUCGGGUUCUUACGUCUUUCCGACGCGGAAUUUGGUUCUAAUUAUUGGAGCGAGGGUAGAGAGCCGAAUACGAUUAUGUUGACGUAA